AUGUCCAACGGUAUAGAUUUUGCCAAAUUGACGAAUCCAAAACAUCAGCAACAUCUUUCCAGGUACUUGACUCCAAGAAAGACAGGGCCUGGUACACAAAGUAAUAUUCAAAAAAAUUUCAAGUCUGAAUACAUGUUCUUAUUGAAAUGCAACGGCGUAGAUGAUACAUUUGGGAACCAGUGGUUCCAGAGCCAGAAAGACAAAGGCCUUAAACUCAUCCAAAUUCGAGAUUUCUUGAGUUACUUAAUCACUAAUGUAGACGAAUAUCGCAAUGAAGUUAAGAUGGGACGUGGAGUCUGUGUCCGCUAUACCUUCUGCGUUUUCUUAAGUUAUUAUCAAAACCAACUCUCAUCCAUUUUGAGUUCGUUAGGUAUCUACAAUAAGACAGCCGAUACACCCACAACAGCAGAGAUUGCUUAUGAUAGAGCUUAUGAAGAAAUGAACGAAAAGGGUGUGGCAACUGCAGCAGUGAACUUAGCCAAUAGUUUAGGAACAACUGUUCUCACAGCCUAUCUCGUGAAUUACAAAACCGUUAUGCUUGCUGUCGACAAAAAUGUCAUUCCUGAUCCAAAAUUUGCAGAACACCUUGAUUCUCAGGCCGUAUUCUUUGACAUUUUUGAAACCUUUUGA